UAAUUCAUUAUAUACAAUUGAUAAAAACUUAGAUACUUAUGAGUGGGAAGGCAAAGAUAGGAGAAGGACUAGUCUCCGUGAAUACAUUCACGGUGAGAUUAGUGAUCAUUAAUGUUGUAAUUGCUGCAACCUUACAAAUAAGCAAUGGUCAUCUUCCAUUUGGAGGUCUAGGAGUAGGCUUUGGAGGACAUAUGAAUUCUAAUGCCGGUUUUCAUGCUAAGAUACCCUCAUUUCCGGGUGCAGCUCAUCAUGCGGCAACAACAUUCGCGGGCAUAUCUCAUGCUGCGAAUAUAUUUUGUGGGACAUGCGAAUACAGAGAUGCAUGCAUCAAAAGCAUUGCGUCUAUGGGCAACAAGGCCAAUGCUAACCCCAUUGACUAUUUCCAAGCUGCAAUACAAUCCACCAUCUCUCAAGUGAGCGCCAUUGUCAAUGUAUCGGCUAGUAUAGCAGCGAGUUCCUCUGGCUCCAAGAAAAUGUAUAUGGAAGAUUGUCAAGAAUUGCUUGGGUUCGCGGUUGAUGAACUUCAGACUAGCUUUUCGACUAUGGGAGGAACUGACUUGAGUGCGUUUUAUAAUAAACAAGGUGAACUUUUGAAUUGGUUGAGUGCUGCUGUAUCGUAUCAGCAUACAUGCCUUGAUGGCAUAUUUGAUUCUCAACUUAAAACAGAGAUGAUGUCAAAUGGUCUCUCUGCUGCGAACCAGCUAGCAAGAAAUGCCUUGGCGAUUGUCUCCACCAUGUCCACAAUCUUUAGUGGCUUCAAAAUUAAUUUUAAGUUUGGCACGAGUGGUAAUUCUCGUGCAUUAACUGGUUUUGCACAAGGUACAUAUGGAUGGGAUUUUGGUGGCUAUGGUGCUACCGGUACUUGGAGUGCAGGAAUGGGUGCUGGAGCUGGUGGCGGUGCAGGGACAGGUGCUGGUGCUGGUGGCGGUGCAGGGACAGGUGCUGGUGCUGGUGGCGGUGCAGGGACAGGUGUUGGUGCUGGUGGCGGUGCAGGGACAGGUGGCGGUGCAGGGACAGGUGCUGGUGCUGGUGCUGGUGUCGGUGCGGGGACAGGUGCUGGUGCUGGUGGCGGUGCAGGGACAGGUGCUGGUGGUGGUGCAGGGACAGGUGCUGGUGGUGGUGGUGGUGCAGGCACAUAUUCUGGUGGUGGUGGUGGUGGUGGUGCAGGUACAUAUUCUGAUGUAGGGAUAGGUUCUAGUGUUGGUGUUGGUGGUGGUGGUGCAGGGACAGGUGGCAAUGUUGAUACUAGUAGUGUUGGAGGUGGCAGUGUUGAUACUAGUGUUGGUGCUGGUGGUGGAAGUGGUAAUGGAGAAGGUGGUGGAAGUGGUAGUGGUAGCGGUUUUGGUGGCGGUACAGGUGAAGGAAGUGGCAGUGGUUCUGGAGGUUACACUAGUGAAGGAAGUGGCAGUAUUAAUGCUAAUGUUGGUGCUGGUGGUGGAAGUGGUAGUGGUAGCGGUUUUGGUGGCGGUACCGGUGAAGGAAGUGGCAGUGGUUCUGGUAACAGCACAAGUGAAGGAAGUGGAAGUGGCAGUGGUUCUGGUAGUGGAAGUGGAAGUGGAAGUGGAAGUGGAAGUGGCAGUGGUUCUGGUGGUGGUAGUGUUAGCAUCGAUACAAGUGGUGAUGUAAGCAGUGGUAGCGGUGGUGGCAGUGGUAGUGGCAGCGGCAGCGGCAGCGGUAAAGGUAAUGGAAGUGGUGAAGGAAGCAGUAGCAGUAAUGUUACUAGUAGUGUUGAAAGUAGUGGAAGUAUUUCAACCAGUGGUCAGGGUAGUGGUGGUGGUAGCGGCAGUGGUGCUGGAGGAGGUGGAGGCAGCGGCGGUAGCAAAAGUAGCAGUGAGUAUAGUUGGAGUCAAAGCUUUGAAAAAAGUGGCGGAGGUGGUGGUGGCGGUGGCGGAGAUGGCAGUGUCAGCGGUGGUAAGAAAGCUAGUAUUACUAUUAACGGAGGUGGUAAUGGUGGUGGAGAUGGCAGUGUCAGUGGUGGUAAGAAAGCUACUAUUACCUUUAACAAAGGUGGUAAUGGUGGCGGAGAUGGCAGUGUCAGUGGUGGUAAGAAAGCUACUAUUACCAUUAGCAAAGGUGGUCAUGGUGGCGGAGAUGGCAGUGUCAGUGGUGGUAAGAAAGCUAGUUUUACUAUUAGUGGAGGAGUAGAUGGUGGUAUAAACAAAGAAUUUAGCUUUAGCAAAGAAGUUAAUGGUGAUGGAAGCAAAGAAUUCACCAUUAACAAAGGAUUUAGCAUUAACACAGGUUCUAGAAGACUUAAGGAGGCAUUUGAAUAUCCAUCUUGGUUGUCUGGUUCAGAUAGAAAACUAUUAGGUACUAACAAUGAAAACCAAAACUUAACACCAAAUAAAGUUGUGGCCCAAGAUGGGAGUGGAGACUUUAAAACUAUUGGAGAAGCUCUUGCUUCAUAUCCAAAAAACCAUCAAGGUCGUUACAUUAUCUAUGUUAAAGCUGGGAUUUACAAUGAGUAUCUUAUUGUUACAAAAGAUCAAAAGAAUGUGUUUAUGUAUGGAGAUGGACCUCGAAAGACAAUCAUCACAGGAAGAAAGAACUUCCAUGAAGGCGUUUCAACCUUUAGAACUGCUACAUUUUCUGCUAUUGGAAGUGGAUUUGUGGCGAAAUCAAUGGGAUUUCAAAACACAGCAGGACCAGAAGGACACCAAGCAGUAGCACUUCGAGUUCAAUCAGACAUGUCUGCAUUUUACAAUUGUAGAAUGGAUGGUUACCAAGACACAUUAUAUGUUCAAACACAUCGUCAAUUCUAUCACAACUGUGUCAUAUCAGGAACAGUCGAUUUCAUCUUUGGAGACGCUGCAGCCGUCAUCCAAAACUCGUUGAUCAUUGUCAGAAAGCCUGGACCAAACCAGAGGAAUGCAGUGACUGCCCAAGGCAGAGUUGACAAGUAUGAAACAACCGGCAUAGUAAUCCAGAACUGUAGAAUUGUCCCUGAACAGAAACUCCACGCCGAAAGAUUAACUGUUCCCACAUACUUAGGAAGACCAUGGAAAGAGUAUUCUAGGACUGUGAUUAUGGAAUCAACAAUUGAGGAUUUGAUUCAACCAGCUGGAUGGCUUGAAUGGAAUGGUAAUUUUGCUCUUGACACACUUUACUAUGCUGAGUAUGCAAAUAGAGGACCUGGUGCUGCAACUAACCAAAGGGUUAAAUGGAAGGGUUACAAGGUCAUUACUGAUAGGAAUGAAGCUAUGCAAUUCACUGUUGGCCAAUUUCUUCAAGGAAAUAUGUGGUUAGGAAACACUGGUGCACCCUAUUUUCUUGGAUUAAAGACUUAAUUAAUUCAGAUUAGUUAUGUAUUAUUAUUCAAUAAGAAAAGAAAAGUGUUAUAAUAACUCAUAUAGGUUUGUAUUUUUUGAGGAUUUGAGAGGAUGGGUACUACUUACUCCCACCCCCACCUCAUUGAUUAUGAGUAAAAUAAUGUAAUUUUGUGUAUUAAUUUUUGGUAUAUGGCUCAAUAUUAAAUGUAGCUGCCAUUCAAAAUAAAUAUAUAUACUUUA